AUGGGGCACACGGCCAGCGUGAAUCGGCAGCGACGUGUCUCGACGGGCACACUGUAUGGAGAGCCCGCGGGUGCGGCUACAGCACCGCGUGGGAGCUACACGCCAGCGCAGAUGCAGGCGCUGUAUCUCAGUCGAGGUCGGCCGGAUAUGGCGUUCAUGUCCAACCAGGGUCGCGUCCCCGUUGACGUCCCAGAGCUGCAGCAAACGUGCACGGUGAAGAAUCCCGUAAACCUCAAGAAGGCCAGUCUCAAGCUGCUGCGGUCGCCGACGGAGCCGCAGCAGUACGCGCUCGAAUUCCAGCUCGAUGCCACCAAACGGUGCCUGAUCAGUGUGUAUUUGGUGGCUACGGAGACUAUCGACGCUGAUAGUGGCGGGUCCAGCUUCGCGCUGGUGCAUUCAGACAAGAACCCGGUGCUAAGCCAGCACUUCCCUUCCGGAUUGGGACAGGUAUUUGUUCUUAAAGGAAGCGAGAAGGAAGAGAACACAGUAAAGGAGGAGGAGCAAGAGAAGCCGGAGCAACCUUUGCCACUUCUUGACUUCUCAUCGUACGACCCGGAUGAGUUCGUAUACAAACCCGGCACAGCACAGUUCCCAUUAAUAAUUGUCCUCGAAGUUGCUUCGGACAAGAAGCGCCCGCAAUCUCAAACGACGUUCUGUACGUUCGUCAAGAAAGGAGAAGAUUCGUGGGAUGUCAAGAUGCUCAAACAGAAAAUCCUGGUGGACGGAUUGACGUACGAGUUGCAAGAGAUCUAUGGCAUCGACGGAUCUGUGGCUGCCGCACCGAAAACUGAGCGCAACGGUGCAUCAGGAGAUGGCCAAAGCGACACCACCCAGGCUGCGAAAGAAGAGAUCGACAUUCCUGAAGGUGCCGAGUGCAUUAUCUGCCUGUGUGAACCGCGCAAUACCACAAUUCUGCCAUGUCGACACAUGUGUCUCUGCACCGAGUGUGCUGAGGCAUUGCGUCGGAGCUCCAGUACGUGCCCAAUCUGCCGAACUCGCGUUGAAGCUUUGCUCCAGAUUCGAAUCGAGGCUAAAGAGACCACAACGACCGAAGCUGAAGAAGAGAAGACCGAGGUAGAGGACACCACGUAA